GAGUAGCUUUCCAGGAAAGAUGGCCAGCAGAAAGACCAAGAAGAAGGAAGGAGGUGCCAAACGCGCUCAAAGAGCUUCCUCUAAUGUUUUCUCCAACUUUGAACAGACACAGAUUCAAGAAUUUAAGGAAGCGUUCACACUGAUUGAUCAGAACAGAGAUGGCUUCAUUGAUAAAGAAGACUUAAAAGAUACCUAUGCGUCUUUAGGUAAAACAAAUGUCAAAGAUGACGAGUUAGAAUCCAUGCUUAAAGAAGCCACUGGGCCUAUUAAUUUUACAAUGUUUUUGAACCUGUUUGGGGAAAAGUUAAGUGGUACAGACACGGAAGAGACUAUACUAAACGCGUUCAAAAUGUUUGAUCCGGAGGGUAAAGGAAACAUUAACAAGGAUUAUAUAAAACGUUUAAUGAUGUCACAAGGCGACAAAUUUAAUGCUGAAGAGAUAGAUCAGAUGUUCAAGUGUUCCCCUAUUGACGCUGCAGGAAACCUGGAUUACAAGGCUCUCUGCUACACCAUCACACAUGGAGAUGAAAAGGAAUGAAGGCCACGUCCUUUCGGAAGCUGUGCCAACAUCUCUAUGUCUGUGCGUUAAGAAUAAAACCAGAAAAUGCUUUCUCCAUG